CUCAAGCAGCUGGAGUCUCAUUGGUCAAAGCUACACUUCUGUGAAAGUUUUUGGUUUCUUUCUUUCCUUUUUAAUACUUGAAAAUGGCGGAUUUGCGAGAUGAGUAUGGCAACCCAAUCCACCAGUACCAGAAGGACGAGUAUGGCAACCCAAUUCACCAGCAACAUGGAAUGGGCACGCAUGGCACCACUGGGUACGGUGGUGCACCGGUGACCGGUACCGGCGGGCUCGGUGGUGGGCACCAGCAGCAGCUGCAUCGCUCUGGCAGCUCAUCUAGCUCAUCGGAGGAUGAUGGACAAGGUGGGAGAAGGAAGAAGGGAUUGAAGGAGAAAAUAAAGGAGAAGCUCCCUGGAGGACACAAAGAGGAGCAUGCCACCACCACCGGCACAACUGGUGUUGGAGGGUAUGGACAGGGACAGCACCACACCACCACAGGUACCACUGGCGCCACUGGUGUUGGAGGGUAUGAGCAGGGGGUGCAGCAUCAGCAUCAGCAUCAGCAUCAGCAUCAGGAGAAGGGAAUGAUGGAGAAGAUCAAGGAGAAGCUCCCUGGCCACCACAACAACUAAUCAUUCCCAUCUUUUUCAAUCCUAUUAGUAUAUUGUAUAUAAAUAAACAGAAUAUGGGUUUUGUGUUUCCCCUGUAUGUUACACAAUAGGGGAUUAAGCUAUGGAGUUGAAUGAAAUGCUGAGCUAGAACUUGUGAGCUCAUUUGUAUUUCAGCAAUCCAGCUAGUGUGUACCUUUGCUUCUUUACUGCUUUUUGUGCUUGGACUUUACUAA